AUGGCCCCGACAUACGAAGUCCCAGCGAAGCAAUGGGCUCAAGUCACAGAGAAGACCGGCGGUCCGGUCACUUACAAGCAAGUCGAUACCCCGAAACCUGGUCCGGAUGAGGUCCUCGUGAACAUCAAGUACUCGGGCGUCUGCCAUACGGACUACCAUGCCAUGAUGGGCGACUGGCCGCUGGACCGCAAGAUGCCGCUCGUUGGCGGCCACGAAGGCGCGGGCAUAGUCGUCGCGAAGGGCGAGCUGGUCGAGGACAUUCCGCUCGGCGAGCACGUCGGCGUUAAGUGGAUCAACGGCACCUGUCUCCAAUGCUCGUUCUGUCAAGCCGCCGACGAGCCGCUCUGCCAAAAGGCGACCUUAUCCGGCUACACGGUUGACGGCACCUUCCAGCAAUACUGCAUCGGCAAAGCAGCGCACGUGUCCCGCAUCCCCAAAGAAGUGCCCCUCGACGCCAUCGCCCCCGUGCUCUGCGCCGGCAUCACCGUCUACAAAGGCCUCAAAGAGUCCGGCGCGCGCCCCGGACAAACGGUCGCGAUCGUCGGCGCGGGUGGCGGCCUGGGGUCGCUGGCGCAGCAGUACGCGAAGGCGAUGGGGUUGCGGUGUAUCGCGAUCGAUACAGGGGAGGAGAAGCGGAAGAUGUGCAUUGAGCAGCUGGGCAGCGCGUCGUUUGUGGAUUUCGCGACGAGCAAGGAUAUCGUGAAAGAUGUGCAGGCGUGCACGGAGGAUGGGAUGGGGCCGCAUGCGGUGCUGUUGGUGGCGGUGAAUGAGAAGCCAUUCCAACAGGCAACGGAGUACGUUCGCCCGAGAGGCAUUGUCGUCUGCAUCGGUCUUCCCGCAAACGCAUAUCUCAAGGCACCUGUCUUCCAGACGGUGGUCCGCAUGGUUAGCAUCCGCGGAUCCUAUGUCGGCAACCGGAUCGAUUCGGCGGAAGCGAUUGAGUUCUUCCGCCGGGGGCAGAUCAAGGCACCGUUUAAAGUUGUCGGUCUGUCGGAGCUAGGAAAUGUUUUUGAUAUGAUGAAGGCAGGAAAGAUCGCGGGACGUUAUGUUCUCGACACAAGUAAGUAA